AGCCCUGAGGAGAGGUCAGGAGAGAAGGCUGGCUGAGGAGCGCCUGGACAGCAGCAGCUGCUGACGUUCUGAAUCACGCGCCUGGGGCCCAAGGUAACCCAGACCUUUAAACAAACAGCGGGGCUGGGGGCGCUGCGUGGGCGGGGGCGGGAAGGGGCAGGGACUUCGGGCGUUCAGCACUGAAGACGUGAGCGUCCAGCGCGUGGAGGGCGUGAGAAGGAGUCCGAAUUCUCAGAGGAAUUAUAGGGAAUGAGGGUGCUGAAGCAAGAAACGAGGUGUGAGAGAGAACACAAGCGCGAAGGAGCAUGAGAGGGCACAAGAAAGUGGCAGAGGAAAAGACUGCGCUUGGAGGUAGGGGCAAAAGGUGGAACACAGCCAGCCGGAGAAGCACAGGAUAUAAGGAAUGAACGUCAGAGGAAGCUGUACCAAAGUGAGGCUGCGCAAGGCCCAGGAAAGGCAGUCUGAGGGUGGCGCCUUUUUUAAAGAUUCCAUCUCUUUCCACCCUAAAGCUCAGGCCGUACCCCCGCCCCCACCUUUUCCAGCCGCCGUCUGCCUGCCUCCCUCCCACCCCGCACCACCCCCUCGGCCCCGGGCAAGAUCCGAUCGCCUUUAAACCAGUGGCAGCUCGAUUCCAGACGCCUUUCACUCCAGACCAGGCGGUGAGCUGAUGGCCCAAGUUCCAGAAGCUGCCUCGUCCUCUGGCUCUUUGGUCCGUUGGAGCUCGAGAGGUGGGGGAGGAGCCUCGUCCGAGGAGGCGGUUGAGAAGGCGGGGGAAAUGGAGGUGGAGGCGGUGGGCACGACGAAGGCGUGUGCCGGCCAGGGAACUGAGAAGAUGAAGCUGGAGCCAUUACAAGAGCGUAAUCCUGUGCCUGAGGAGAACCUGACCUGGAGCGGCAGCGGUGGCGACGAGGUGUUCCCUUCAACCCCACCCCGCUGGCCCAGCAGCUCCUCGCCCCUCUGCCCGCGCCGCAAGCCCCGCCCUCGGCCCCAGCCCCGGGCCCGCUUCCGAGGACCGCCCGGACCCGAGGCCCCACCCCCGCCUCCAGCUCAGCCGCCGCCGCCGCCACCGCCGCCACCGCCGCCCUCGCCGCGGCCCCGGCACUGGCGCAGACCUCAGCGUAGAUCCCGGCCGGCGUCCAGGCCUCGGACGCGGCAAAGCUGUUUUGGUGACUUAGGCGGCUCUGGGGAUCGAGGUGGCUUUGGGGACUGGCUGCUGGAGGUGGAGUUUGAUCAGGGUCCCGCGGGCUGCUCUCAUGUGGAGAGCUUUAAAGUAGCGAAGAAUUGGCAGAAGAACCUUCGGUUGAUCUACCAGCGUUUCGUUUGGAGUGGGACCCCGGAGACUAGGAAGCGUAAGGCAAAGUCCUGCAUCUGUCUUGUAUGUAGUACCCAUGUGAACAGACUCCACUCUUGUCUCUCCUGUGUCUUUUUUGGUUGCUUUACUGAGAAACAUAUUCAUAAACAUGCAGAAACAGAACAGCACAAUUUAGCUGUAGACCUCUACCAUGGGGUUAUAUAUUGCUUUAUAUGUAAGGAUUACGUAUAUGACAAAGACAUAGAACAGAUUGCCAAAGAAACAAAAGAGAAAAUGUUGAAAUUAUUAACUUCCACCUCAACAGAUGUUUCUCAACAGUAUAUGGCAUCAGGUGUUGAAGAGAAGCAAUCAACCUGUGAGUCAAAGGAACGACAGCCAAAAUUGGUGAAACCCAAGAAAAAGAGGAGAAAAAAGUCAGUGUAUACUGUAGGCCUGAGAGGGCUAAUCAAUCUUGGGAACACCUGUUUUAUGAAUUGUAUUGUCCAGGCACUUACCCAUAUUCCUCUUCUGAAAGAUUUCUUUCUCUCUGACAAGCACAAAUGUAUAAUGACAAGCCCCAGUUUGUGUCUUGUCUGUGAAAUGUCUUCUCUUUUUCAUGCUAUGUACUCUGGGAGCCGAACUCCUCACAUUCCCUAUAAGUUACUGCACCUGAUAUGGAUUCAUGCAGAACACUUAGCAGGGUACAGGCAACAGGAUGCCCAUGAGUUCCUUAUUGCAAUAUUAGAUGUGCUGCAUAGACACAGCAAAGAUGAUAGUGUUGAGCAGGAAGCCAGUAACCCCAACUGCUGUAACUGCAUUAUAGACCAAAUCUUUACAGGAGGCUUGCAGUCAGAUGUCACAUGUCAAGCUUGCCAUAGCGUCUCCACCACAAUAGACCCAUGCUGGGACAUCAGUUUGGACUUGCCUGGCUCUUAUGCCACAUUCAGUUCCCAGAGUCCAGAGAGGGCUGACAGCACAGUGUGUAGGGAUGACCACAUACCAGGAAUCCCCUCACUCACAGACUGCCUUCAGUGGUUUACAAGGCCGGAACACCUAGGAAGCAGUGCCAAAAUCAAAUGCAGUAGUUGCCAAAGCUACCAGGAAUCUACCAAACAGCUCACAAUGAAGAAAUUACCCAUUGUGGCCUGUUUUCAUCUAAAGCGGUUUGAACAUUUAGGCAAACAGAGACGAAAGAUUAAUACUUUUAUCUCCUUUCCUUUGGAACUGGACAUGACUCCAUUUUUGGCCUCCACUAAAGAGAGCAGAAUGAAAGCUGACCAACCACCAACAGAUUGUGCACCCAAUGAGAAUAAGUAUUCCUUGUUUGCAGUGAUUAAUCACCAUGGAACUUUGGAAAGUGGACACUACACCAGCUUUAUCCGGCAGCAAAAGGACCAGUGGUUCAGCUGUGAUGAUGCUGUCAUCACCAAGGCUACCAUUGAGGACUUACUCUACAGUGAAGGGUAUUUACUGUUCUAUCACAAACAGGGUCUAGAGAAAGAGUAGUCUUACCAGACCACUUAUCAGAAAAAAGUAAAAGAAAUGAAUAGGCAAGAUCCUGAAGUGACACACAAACCUACCUGAAAUGGACAAUGACAAUACCCAUACAACAAUGAGCACCUCUUGAAGUAUCACAAAAACCUGGAACUGACAAUGACAACAGCACCUAUAUGAUAAUUAGCACCUUGAUAUAAAGAACAUAUUUUACCAUGGCUUAUGGGGAAAAAACGAAUACUAACUAGUGACCAUUUAGCCUUAAGAAAUGGGAGGAGGGAGGAGAGUUAAAAAAAAUGGUCACAUAAUUAAAUGAAAAGAAUGUUUUAGGUGGGGAGAGUGGGAAUAGAGAUGUUCUGGCACUACUAUAUGUCAUUUGUUUCUACAAAAAUACUGUGGGAAGUCGGAGUAUUCUUUCAUCAACAAAAACCUUCACAAUUGGUGUUCCAGCUGUGGCUGACCAGUCAAAUAGUUUGAAAAAAAGAUAGUAUUUGAAAAACAAAUUUUAAAAACCUUUAAGAGAAAAAAACUUUAAUUUUAGAAGAAAAAUGGUUUUAAAUUUGAAAAAAUUCAGGUAUUUUUCAAUGUUUUAAAAAUUGAAGUUUUUAAUUUAAAACUUCAAAAUUAUUAAAAUAGGGCUUAACACAUUUUAAUGCACAUCUUGCAUUCCAGGCAAGAAUGCAAACAUUUUAGAAAUUCUUAGUUUAAAAAAAGGUGAAUAAAACAAGAAAAAAAAAACUGAAUGUUUACAAAAAGUUAAAGUGAAUCAGCUUUAAAAAGUUGAAAAAGAAGGAAACAAAUUUAAAUGAAAUAAAAUGUUAAUGUAAGCCUUGAAAUUUGAGCAUAAAAUAUGUGUUGAAAAUCUAAGGUUAACAAAAUUCAUGAAAGUUUAAUGACUAAGAAAUAAAUUUUCAAAAAAUACGAAAUGGAAUGAAAAUAUUUCUUGUUAUCUUUAUUAUAGCAUUUAUCAGAUUGUAAUGCAGUUAACUGUGAUUAUCUAACCACCCCCACUCUUUUUGACUGUGAACUCUGUCAUCCCAACCCUAGUACAAUAGGCUGCACACACAUGGCACUGGGAAGUCCGGUGUGAUGACUAAUACAUUAAUUCCUUGACAUCAAUUAUUUUAUAGAUUAGUUGACCAGAACAGUAGGGGAUGUAAUAAGGAUUAGAUUGAUGGAUGAAGAAUAAAAUGGAAUAAAUAUAUUUUUUCAAGUAUAGGUGACAUUUAAUAUUAUUUUAUAUUUAUUUCAGGUGUAUAGCAUAGUAGGUAGACAUUUAUAUAAUUU